AUGCACAUACGUUUCCUUGCAGCCGUGGCGCUGACAGCGUCGACGGCAAGCGCCCUGCUACGCUUCUCAUGCUCGCAGCUCGUGACUGACCACGAAUCUGUGCCCCUUAGCUUGGUCAAUCCUGGAAUGGCUCCAUCUCCACAUCUUCACCAAAUCGUCGGAGGCAAUGCAUUCAACGUCACGAUGGAUCCAGCAACACCACCUCCCUCUCAGGCGACAUGCACCACUUGCACCUUCGCCGACGACUUUUCCAAUUACUGGACAGCCAUCCUCUACUUCCGUGCUCGGAAUGGGUCGUUUAUUCGGGUGCCGCAAAAGCCAAAUAUGGGGUUUGAAGCUGCCAAUGGUGGCAUGACGGUCUAUUACACGCCCUUCUUCACUGGCCGUGGGGGGCCGGGCACCGUCACGGCUUUCAGACCUGGUUUCCGAAUGCUGAUCGGCAAACAAGAAUACCGCACCCGCGAAGAAGCCUCGAGAUUCCGACAACUUACAUACACAUGUCUGCAAAACAUUCUGACCCGCACUGGAGAGACGCUCGAUAUGCCCAAGCGGCCUUGCCCGGCAGGAAUCAUGUCAAAUGUCCGAUUUCCAACUUGCUGGGAUGGCAAGAAUCUCGACACGCCCGACCACAUGGCACAUGUUGCCUACCCUGCAUCUGGUACCUUCGAGAACAAUGGCCCAUGCCCGGCAUCUCACCCCGUCAAGAUUCCACAGCUCUUCUUUGAAGUUAUUUGGGACACAUCCAAGUUCAAUGCAAAGGACCUAUGGCCCGAAGAUGGCAGCCAGCCAUUUGUCUGGAGCCAGGGCGACGAGACUGGGUUCGGAAAUCACGGUGAUUAUGUUUUUGGCUGGAAAGACAAUGCUUUGCAAAUUGCCAUGGACUCCAAUUGCGAUAGGUGCCCACAGCUCAAGUCUCAGAGCUUAGCCACGGGAAACAAAUGCAUAGGCCCUCUCCAUGUGCGCGAGAAGAUUGAUGGCUGUAAGCUUCUACCUCUCUUCCAGUCCCAGAAUGACGUUGCACGGGCAAUGCUGACCAUGUCUGUAGGGUUGGAUGCUAUUCCUGGGCUGACGCCUGACCUCAAGUAUCGGAACUAA